GCCCCUCCCCCCUCUAGGGCCAAGUUGUGAGGGGAAGUGGAGCGCGCGCGCCUCCUUUCCCUCAGGAGGGGGGGGGGCAGGGAAGAAAGCGAGGCGGGAGCGCGCACCAGCUCGCUCUCUUUUCCUCCCCACACAUCUUUCUCUCCCCCCCCCCAACAAUCGUCCCCCCUCUCUCUCUUUCUCUUCGCCCGACCCCCCCCACCCCCUUCACACAACUCAUGAAGAGAAAGACGCGGAGCGUGACCGUGUGGAGCCAGCGCUCCGGCCGCGCUCCUCAUGAAGCGCAGGGGAAUUUUCCAGCUGGUAAUUUCUGCUGCGUCAACACCCAGCUCAAGGGAGUGGAGAGGAGACAAGGGGGCAUUUUAACAGCAGCUCCACUUCGUGAAAUAGCAAGCCUUUCCAUGCUGGUUUGAUAAUUUUAUUUGAAAAGCAAACAAAAACCACCCCACAGCGUUUAAAAAUAAGCAUCUGUGCAAGUUGGACCCAAGAGCUUGACAAGAGAGAGUGGCUCAAAACUGCUUGGAAGAAAGGGAUGAGACCUGUGUGGAAGCAGUAGCACAAAUAUUUCUAAAUGAAUAAUCGAAAGGAAGACAUGGAAAUUGCCUCCCAUUAUCGUCAUCUGCUUCAAGAACUCAAUGAACAAAGACAGCAUGGCAUCCUCUGUGAUGUUUGCAUUAUAGUGGAGGGAAAGAUUUUCAAGGCUCACAAAAACAUUUUACUUGGGAGCAGUCGCUACUUCAAGACACUGUACUGCCAGGUGCAGAAGACUUCUGACCAGGCAACGGUCACUCAUUUAGAUAUUGUAACAGCCCAGGGGUUUAAAGCAAUCAUUGACUUCAUGUACUCUGCACACCUUGCAUUGACCAGCAGGAAUGUUAUUGAGGUGAUGUCAGCUGCUAGCUAUCUCCAGAUGACUGAUAUUGUUCAAGCUUGUCACAAUUUCAUAAAGGCUGCUCUUGACAUAAGCAUUAAGUCUGAUGCAUCAGAUGAUUUUAUUGAUUAUGAACUUGGAGCAACCUCCAGCAGUAGUACAGAUGCUUUGAUUUCGGCAGUGGUGGCUGGUAGGAGCAUAUCUCCCUGGCUAGCUCGGCGGACAAGUCCUGCAAACUCCUCUGGUGAUUCAGCCAUUGCUAGUUGUCAUGAAGGAGGAAGCACAUAUGGAAAAGAGGAUCAAGAACAAAAAAUGGAUAGUCAUGAUGACAUUUCAUCCCAAUCUCUGUGGUCUAGUGAUAUGGGGUAUGGAUCCUUGCGUAUCAAAGAGGAACAGAGCUCUCCAUCUCAUUAUGGAGGAAAUGAGUUGCAGUCUGCCAAAGAUACUACAAUGCAGAAUACUUUUUCAGAACAAGGCGCUGCAGAUGGAUGGCAGCCUACUGGGCGCAGAAAGAACAGAAAAAACAAAGAUACUGUGCGCCAUAUUACACAGCAACUGGGAGAUGACAGCAGAACAAGCUCUCCAGUACCACCUUUUCUAUCUGCCCAAGGAUGGCCAUACAGUAGUCGUGAAACAAGUGUGGAUCUGACAGGGGCAGAAUCCAGCAACUCUGACAGCCGAAUAGAGAGAGUGGACCUUUAUGCAAAUGUCGAGGAAGCACUUCUAGGAGGUGAAGCUGGUUAUCUCUCUCAGCCUCUUACUCCAGAGAAGGAAGAUGCCCUCCAGGCUGUAGCAGUUGCUAAUCUGCGGGCAGCCCUUAUGAGCAAGAACAGCUUGUUGUCCCUGAAAGCUGACAUGCUGGGAGAGGAAAGUUCUCUGCUGUUCGAAUACUUACCCAAAGGCACACAUUCACUGUCUUGGUCUGGCACCAACUUGAAUCGUUCAAGGGGUGAAUGUGAUGGCAAAGUGGAAGCAUCAACUCCUCCUCUGCUGCCUUCAUCACACCUUGCCACUCAGAGCCCCACUACCAUCAUCCCCUCUUCUGGUGAAAUAUCACCAGAUACUGUGAAAAGAGUGAUGCCUUCAACUCAGGUCACCUAUGAUGGAUUUCUAACACUGUGGCAGUUAGAUAGUUCUGAAACAGAUAUAAAUCCAUCACAAUCUGAAGAUGUGGACUUAGUCCACGAGGGUUUGUUCUUGGAUUCUUCUGGCCACAAGAGGCUGAGCUGUGCUUUCUGCAGAAGAUUUUUUGAAUGUGUGGAAAAGCUGAAGGAACACAUUAAGGAACACACUUUCCCCAUGAUUGUCCCUUUUGAUGUAGUGGACUACUCUAGGCCAAUACUGGCUAACCUUUCUGAGCAUAUAUCUCCAGGGCAAUUUGCCCGUUUCCAGUGUCCAAAGUGUCCUGCUAGCUUCACACUAAAAUCCAACAUGGAUCGUCAUGAAAAAACAAUCCACUUCAACAGGAAGAAGAUGCAAUGCCCUUGCUGCCUGAAACUGUUCCGAGACAAGACAGACUUAAACCGGCAUCUUAUGUCUGUGCACUCCAGCGAACGUUCGUUUAUGUGUCUUUUUUGUGGCAAGGGCUUUGGUACCCAGAAAAACCUCAGUACUCAUAUGAAAGUUUGCUAUCUGGGUUCUACACAGCCAGUAUCUGAAGAGUUUCUGAAUCGUAUUGAUCAAAAUCAGGAAUCUGAUGAUGAGUAAGAAAACUGUUGGGCAAUGGAGAGAGUGAGAUUAAACUCUUAGAAGUGUAUUUCUUAGCUUCUUGACUGGGUAGUGCAUUCUGCUUUGUCAGCAGUCUCAGUGCUCAGUACAGUGUGAAUGCUGAAUCAAUGGCCAGGUAAUGAAAGAAAGUUGUAAACCUCUUUAUCCCCAGGUUCUAUGGUCAGGAUUCAGAGAGACAGAAAUCUAGGAGAUGCUUCAGACUUAAAGAACAAAUAUAAUUUUGUUAUUCAGCAGUAAUAAUCUUAAGAGAAAAUGUUAAAACAUUUUUGUAGUCUAAACAAGAUUAUUCCUACAGACAGCAUCCCAUAGUCCCAGGGUAGUUCUGCCUGAGUUGCAGUGUCUUCUGGGUAGAUAGUCACUUUUAGAUUUUAACAGUAGGUUCAAAGGAUCAAAAGGUUUUCCAUUCAUUUUCUCAGCACAUUAUUUAUUAAAAACAUUUCUCUACCUCCUCCCCACAUUAUCUGAAUGCAGUAUACAGCAAUAUUAAAAUAUAUAUCAAAAAUACAGGGAGAAAAUGCAACUGAAUUAGUAGGACAGAGUUAUAAUGUACUUGGAUCAACCACCAGCAAAGUUCUGGCAGCACAGAUGUGGUAGAACAUCUGCCUUGCAUGCAGAAGGCCUCUGGCUCAAUCCUCAGUAUCUCUGGGUAGGGCUGGAUGAAACCCCUGGCUGAGACUCUGGAGAAUUGCUGCCAGUCGGUUUAGACAACACUGAGCUAGAUGAACCAAAGAUGUGACAAUGUGAGGCAGUUUCCUAUGUUUUUAAAAGGCAUCUUUUAAAUGCCUUUUUAAAAAAGCAGGAUUGAAGUCACCUGCUGUCGAAGCCUGCUGGAUUGGUUGCACAGUUCAAAUAUCAGCAAAUGAAUAUCACAUUCAAAUGAUGUGUCAUGCAGUGAUCUAGAGUAAAUGUUUUGUGAUAUGCAAAUGCCAUGUUUAUUGUAGCAGAUUAAGAAUGCAUUAUGCCUUUUUUAAAAAAACCGUUAUCUCAUUUGCAUAACUUAGAGAAGCAGGACUUAAAGGAGCAUCCCUUUUCUUGACUCCUAGCUUCACACCUGUAUAUAUGAGGAUGUAUAUGAGGGGUGGAAUGCUAGAAAGAGUAAAGUGGGGAGACCAAAAACAAAGAACAGCAUCCCCUGAAAUUAAUUGUGAUGUCAGGUGAUUGAUAGGUGUCAUCUUUGGCCUGCCAGGGGUCAAGAAGAUAGUGAUCUGGCCCACUAGCCAAAAGAGGUUCCCCACCCCUGUACUAAAUGGGCAACAGUAUUUUCAAAUACCUUCACCAUCUGUGAAUUGUAUUCAGUUGUAAUGAGUGUUGUAAUACAGCCAGAUGAAAGUGGAUUUGUACAGUUAGCUCCCAUAGAAUUACUUCAAAAAUGUAAAAACAACAACAACAAUCCAAUUUCUUUAAAAUCCGUUGUUUUUCAAUCGGGUAGGCUACACUUCUUUUGAGUCCUAGAAAUCAGGACAGUAUAAAUGAGGGACAGCCAUGAAAAUACUAACUUGUUUUUGGUGUAGCUAAAAGAUGGACCUGGGUACAGAACCACCUUGUGAUAACAAGCACAAAUCUUGGGCCAUCUAGAGCACACCUAAAACUGAAAACUUGCCAGCAGGUGUUAUGAUCCAAGGAGAAAUGUUUCCCAUUAAUAGUUGCUUGAGAGGAAUAUUAUAUAGAAGCUUGGAGGAGGUGUCCAGAAAUGGCCUGAAGACUAAUAGUGAAUAACUGGUGGGUAGAAAAGGGAAGCCCCCAAAGGAAAAAUGAUUUUGAACAUUACUUAUCUAUAUAUUCCCAUUCUCCUUGUGAAAAGAACUACAACUUGCUCCACAAUAUAACAUUUUUAGUCUUCAGGACAAAGGUAUUUAGAAUUUAUUAAACUAGUUUCCCAUCUUUGUCUAUUGUUGGUACCAGUUCUCCUUUAAUAGCUGUAUAAAAAUAUUUCAAGGUGCUUCAAUAUUUUUUUUCUUAAGUGUUCAAAAGGAAGGCAGGCAUUCAUUUCUCACGAUAAUAAGAAUCCUGUCCUCCUUAGGCUAUGUUAUUUCCAAUUACAAUUCUGGAUUUUUUUUUAAACUUAAAAUUAUUGCCUGUUCUCUGCUUGAUUAUUAGCUUACUGACUUUGCUUUGAACAACUGUAGAGGCUUCUCCCUCUUAAUGUUGUUUUUUGUUAUGCUGCUGCUAUUGUUGGUGGUUUUGCUUUUCAUUUUUUGUUAGUCCUGCAAAAAUGUCCUCUAGUAAAAUCAUUUUAAAAGUACUUUUCACACCCUAGUCUUGUUAGGAAGUCCCGCUCUUGGGGAAAGUCGUCAUUUUCUUUCUUGCUGCCUGUCAGCCCACGUCUUCCUCUUUUGCUUCUCCUCUUGGAGAACAGACCUACAGAUAUGUUAAGAACCAAAUCCCUAUCAUUUAUAGAAUAGAAUAUUGAGCAAAAGUAUGUGAUAUGUGCAUAGAAGCCCCAGUGAUUGGUAGAAAUGACUUCUAGCUUCACCUUCCUUAGUCUUAGCUUCAGGUGCAAACUACCAAGGAGAUAAGUUACUACUGAUUCCUCAAAAUUGGUUUCUAGAGCUUCCUUAAUCUCGCCAGUCCAGAGAUUAUGUUGGGUGACACUAGAAAUACAAUUUCUUGCUGGGGGUGGGGGGCAAAAAUCCAAAGCCAGUUGGGGGAAAAACUGUAUUUUGACCUUUUGCCUUUUGAAUAACAAAACCCUUCUAAACUCUCUUGCCAUCUCUUUCUUGACUAGCAAAAAUUUGUGUUUGGCAGGGCAUGAGCGUGCAAGCAAAUACUUUUUCUCUUCCAAUUAGCACAACUAGCCUGCCAUUUUACCGUCUGGCAACUGCUGAAUAAUUUACUUUGCUCUUUGACAAACAGUAGGUCAUGAGAGAAGAAAGCACAGCAGGGCAGGCAGAGAUCAGCACACAGGAGUUGAGAGGGAAAAAAGGGAAAGCUCUGGGUCUCUGAAGGAAUAGCGCUUUUUUAUUUGCUUGCAUGAUGCUUAUUUUUUGCUAGUAAGGAGACAAUGUACAGUAUAAGGUGUUGAGGCUAAAACAGAAUAGCUACCCAUGAAAGUCUCCUGCGUGUAUCCCACUGAGUGCAGCACUUCUUGGAUGUGUGUAAAAUGUUCCUAAUGGGUAGCUCCUACUAGGAUUUAGUAUCUUCAAAAGACUGGGUGGCCAUUGCAUGUACUCAAUCCAGACAGGAGCAGUAUUGUAAUAUUUGCAUUAUGACCACCACCAUCAAAAAAAUCAUGAAUCUGUGAGCUGGCUUUCUGUGCUUCAGUGUUAAACCAUAUUAAACAAAACAAAGAUAUAGAAAUGGCAGGUUGCUGCCUAAAGAUUCAGCAUAGUCUUUACCCAGAAUAAAAGACUUCAGGUGGCAUCAAAACAUAGAAACUUUUGGAAAGUGGCAAACACCAUCUUGUCUAACAGUGCCCUGAUUGAUGACCAUUCAGACGCUACAUACUGGAUUAUGAUCCCCUAACAGCCACGCACCCACCCCAGCCAACUAGUCUUUUUUAAAGCAUGAAGCUUGUUGGAAAAAGCUGGAAUUCAGAAGCUAGUUGAGUUUUUCAUUAAUUGUAAGAAGGGUAUUAUGAUACUGUUUCAUUUAGAUUGACACUACUUGGUUUUGUCGUCGUUAUUUAUUAGUCACUUUUCUCAGAAAAAAACUCCCAAGUGACUUCCAAAGAACAAGUAUAAAAACAGAAUAAAACAAUCUUAAGUACACAAGUAUUAUCUAUGCACAGAUCGAACUCAAUCCCUCCCCCACUAAAAGAUAACCAGGAAAUUAAGAUUUAAAAGCCUUGGAGAAAAGGAAUAUUUUUGCCUGGCACCUAAAGACACCUAAUGUUGAUGCCAGGCAUGACUCCCUGGGGAGAGAAUUCUGUAAAUGGGGAGCCCACCAUUCUGAAGGCCUGUUCUUACAUGUAUCAUAAAACUCUGCCUAUGUUUAGUGAACCAAAUCAUCACUAGCCAUCCUGGUUCCUUUUAAAGACUGUCAUGUUAUAAACUGAAUCCAUUGCUUGAAUUUAUAAUCCUGUUUAUGAAAAAUAUUCAGUGUAUAGCAGACAGUGUAUUGCUACAGUAGACUUGCUGAUUCAUGUUUGAUGAUUGGUGUGUUCAUUUUAUACUAGAAGAUUGGAUGAAUUUUUAUGAUGUAUAUGAUUGUAGGGAUUACUCUAUUGCAGGCAUAGGCAAACUUGGCCCUCCAGACGUUUUGGGACUACAACUCCCAUGAUCUGUAGCUAACAGGACCAGUGGUCAGGGAAGAUGGGAAUUGUAGUCCCAUUGGAGGGCCGAGUUUGCCUAUGCCUGCUCUAUUGGAAAGGGUUAGCUAAGAGAUUAUAGGGAAAAAGUGCUAUUUCACAGCAGUAAAUCCAAUGAAAUUUAGUACAUGCUUUGCUCAGUCAGUUAAGCAGGUGUGCAUUAAGGGCAGCAGCAUAGUGAACAUUCCUGCUCCAUUAUACAUUAUAAUAAAUGUAUAUUUUAAAACAUCUUAACAUUUAGUUCUGCUAUGGUCCUGAUUGUGCAAAUCAAAUUUAAUUCAUUAGGGCUGUGCUGUUAGGCCCUCUUGAGGAUAAAGGAGGCAAUUUUAACUUUCUGAGAGUGGUCAUCAUGUUGCAAAUGAAGUAAAAGUUUAUUAUUACUGGUAGUAAGAAACUUGCGUGAAUUGUAAGUAAGACUUCAGUCCUAAUCCAUUUACCUGAGAAUCAGCCCCGAUAGUGCUUACUUAUGAGUAUACAUGGUUAGGGUUGUACUUUAAAUUGUAAUAAAGCUCCAAUCUAGUGUGCUACAAUUAUUCUACCAAAGAGGUUUUCUAUUUUUUAAAAAGUAAAGCCAUAAAAAGUACCUCAGAAACAAUACUUGAACUUAUAAGAACACUAUGUUUUGAUAACAAUAACACUUUUAAGAUGCAAAAGUAUGCAUUUUGUGUGAAUGAAUGAAUGAAUAUAUUUGCAAAGUGAAUGAUUUCUGAAACCUUUUAAAGGUUAACAGCAUUACUUGUAAAUAAAUGUUCAUUAUUAUGGUGCUAUUUACAGAGUGUUGCUCUAUCAUUAUUUUGUUCUUGGUGACACUGAUAAUGACUCUUAUAAUCUAAUUGGGAUGCAGUGCAGCAGCAUCUUUUCUUAACGCAAACCCAAAUGAAAUGAAUUAUUCUUUUGUACAAAUCCAGUGCUUGCAAAAGUAACGAUGGAUAAAAGAAAGGUGCAAUGGGUGGAGGAGUUCUUGAUACCCCCCUUCAGCUGAGGAGUGAGCCCAAUUUCUUUUUUGACAGUUAGAAAGACAAGUACAUUCCUACUAGCAAAUCAAACACUGCUUCAACAGUGAACGUUUCUUUUUCUUCCAUUCAUUCCUGCUUUACACGACGACACCCAUUUUUAUUUUCUAAAGCACUGGAUGCAUCUGACCAUCCAUCAUUUUAAACAUUUUAAAAAUAGCUUUUUUUAGAGCACAAAACUGGUCAGGGGAUAGAAGGGGUAUUUCUUGGUGACAUGAAGGACACCAGCCAGUCAAUGCUGUUUACAGAUCGCUUCUCUUGCAAAUCUCUUGUAUAUUUUAAUUGUGUUCAUUAGACAAAAAGUAUGCUGUAAAUGCCUGUACUAUAGCACCUUUACUAAACUAUUAAAUACUUCCAGAUAUGUUUAUUGUCACUACUGUGAAAUUCAGAAAUAAGCUGUGGAAUGAAUGUAAUUUCUAGUGGUGCUCUUGCUUUACAGAGCUAGACAUAGGUGCAUAUUUGAAAUGGGGAUUGUUUUAAAUAAAAUUUUAAUUGAAAAAUGUAUUAACUGUUGCCUCUCCUUGACCAAUGCAUUGCCAAAGUUUGCUUGAGGAGGAAAGUUCUUUUGGCUGACAAAGAAAUUAUAAAACUUUAAGCACCUAGACCAAUAAAAUGCCAGUAGUACAAAGUAAAGAAUUAUCUAGUCUAGUUUGCUGGUCCCAUCUGCCUUUCAAAAAUGUAAAUUGCUAUAUUGUAUUUUUCAUUUGGUUGUGCAUAUCUUGUGUUUUAUAGAAAAGAUAAAACAAGGUUUGUAAAUAAAUUAAUACAGCAAACAGAACUUUCUUCCCUGGAUUCUGCUGUGCUGCAUUGUGGAGAACUCUGCUUUGGAUUUUAACUAGUCAGUUAAGGCUGCAGUCGUAUGCACACUUACCUGACAUUAAGUCUCAUUGCAUUUAUAACUUCUGAGCAGACAUGUAUAGCAUUGCACUAAAACCAUGUCUAAUAAUGCCCACGUGAAAUGCAACUGCAUGCAAACUGCUCCCAAUGGCAAGAUUAACUUCCCAUGUAAUAUAAUGUUUGUGUAUUUCUAUUUUCUGUGAGCCAUCUCACAGAUAUGCAAAUCAGUAAGUAAGUAAAUAGGUAAUAGUUGGUGCAUCUGACUUGUGAUAAAUUUUCACCACGUCUAGCUUAGCAUGGAUGGCCAGCAUGGUUCUCUUCAGGUGUUGUUGGCCUUCAACUCCUAUCAGCCUUAGCCCACAAGGCCAGUGGUUAGGGAUGAUGGGAGUUGUAAUCCAGCAAAUUAUAAAGAUCCACACGUUCCCUACACCUGCUCUGCAACAUUAAACCAGCCAUGGGAGAAAGCUGUCUGACCAAGCUCAUUUCUGUGGUAUAUGGAGGCUAUGAGCAGCAUUAAAAGCAAGCACUAUCUUCAUAGUUCCAACAUGAAUUAUA